AACUCUAAUAGAAGUAUAGAAGUGUUGUUUUCACACACAGACCUCCCUCUAUCCAGUGUUGAAGAGUCACAGUCGCUCUUUCACUCUUCUCUGGUGAAGUGAAUGAUGGAAAUAUCUGUGACGUUCCUCCUCACUGGAUGUCUGAUACAAGGAGUUUUUUGUGUUUUUAGUAUCAGUCUGCCGGAGAGAGUAGAAGCUCUAAAAGGAUCCUGUGUUUUCAUACCCUGCACAUUUGAUAUUGAUCAUGUAAAAGACCUCACUGAUAUUACAAAGAGAAUAUGGUAUAAAGACGGAACGCCUCUCACUGUAGUGUUUGACUCAGAUCACCCCAACGCUGGAUCGUUAAAAGGAGAAAUAUUUGGCACUCCUACAGAGAAAAACUGCACCACCCGCUUCAAUAAUGUCCGUCAGAGUGAUAAUGGGUCAUAUUUCUUCAGACUUGAAAGCGAUACAUUGCAAUAUAGCUACAGGAAACCUACAUUCACCCAAGUUGAAAUUGCUGUCAUAGGUUCUCCACCCAAACCCACAGUGAGUCUGUUAAAGGAUCAGCAGGAGGUGACAGAGAUGAAGAAGGUGACAGAGGUGAAGGAGGGAAGCUCUGUGAAUCUGCGCUGCUCGACUAAGAUCUUCUGUUCCUCUCGUCCAGCAAAUCUCACAUGGAGCUCGUCUCCUGAACACCUCCUCAACGAGAGCGUCACACAACAGCAGCGUCAGGAGCAAACUGAGCUGAUCUCUGAUCUGAUCUUCACUGUAACUCACCGUCAUCAUUUAGCCACUUUCACCUGCACUGUAACACACCAGCUUCAGCAGCAGAUCACAAAAAACAAGUCCCGUACGCUACAUGUUCAGUACGCUCCUAAAAACACAUCUGCGCAUGUAAAUGCAUCUGGCUUUGUUCUGGAGGGCCGUUCAGUGACUCUGAGCUGCAGCAGUGAUGCAAACCCACCGGUGCUCAACUACACCUGGUACAGAGACACUGAAGAACCACUGAAACCAGUGGAGAGCGGACAGAACCUGACCAUCAGCAACACCAACCUGACACACAGCGGACGAUACGUCUGUACAGCUCAGAACGAACACGGCACUCAGAGCGCAUCAGUGAUGCUGGACGUCCAGUACGCUCCUAAAAACACAUCUGUGCAUGUAAAUGCAUCUGGCUUUGUUCUGGAGGGCCGUUCAGUGACUCUGAGCUGCAGCAGUGAUGCAAACCCACCGGUGCUCAUCUACACCUGGUACAGAGACACUGAAGAACCACUGAAACCAGUGCAGAGCGGACAGAACCUGACCAUCAGCAACACCGACCCGACACACAGCGGACGAUACGUCUGUACAGCUCAGAACGAACACGGCACUCAGAGCGCAUCAGUGAUGCUGGACGUCCAGUACGCUCCUAAAAACACAUCUGUGCAUGUAAAUGCAUCUGGCUUUGUUCUGGAGGGCCGUUCAGUGACUCUGAGCUGCAGCAGUGAUGCAAACCCACCGGUGCUCAUCUACACCUGGUACAGAGACACUGAAGAACCACUGAAACCAGUGGAGAGCGGACAGAACCUGACCAUCAGCAACACCAACCUGACACACAGCGGACGAUACGUCUGUACAGCUCAGAACGAACACGGCACUCAGAACGCAUCAGUGAUGCUGGACGUCCAGUUUGCGCCCAAAAUCUCCAGUUCUUGUAACAAAAGCAGCGUAAUCACGUGUGUCUGUGAGGCUCAUGGGAAUCCCUCGCCUAAACUAGAGUGGCGUCUAUAUGGAAAUGCUCUCGUUAACUUUACAAACACGUUCAUCGAGAAUGGAACUUUAGGAAGCACAAGCUUGAAGAGCGUCCUGAUCAUCCAUCAGCAUCUCACCGACACGGACGUCCUGCAGUGUUUCAGUGCAAACACUCUCGGCACCGCCAGCGCCAGCCAACGGUUUCAUCCCAUCGCACGGACGUCCGGGACAGAGACACGUUUCCAUCACCCGUCUGUGCUGCUCGGAGCUGCUGUCGGCGCAUCAGCGAUGAUGAUCUUGUGCAUCAUAGCAAUCUACAAUGAACGAAGAAGGAAUCCCAAACCUUCAGGAACCAGACAAGACGACACAUCUGGACUCAUACUGUCUCAAACAGCCAUGGUUUCCAGUGGUGACGAAGAGCAUGAUUACGGCAAUAAAGACAUGCUGUCAGCAGUUACACCAACAACACCAGAAUCUCUUCAUUAUUCCUCGGUCGACUUCACGAAUGCAGAGCCGGCGUCAGGAGAGAUCUGGGGCGCCUCCUCGCUGACCGAGGAAUAUGCUGUGGUCCGUCAUCAUUCUGCUGGAGACGCUGCACCUGCGACCGACCUCAAGAAAGACCAAAGCCCACAAGAUAGCAGCGAGAAGAUCACGGACGUGUCAUCGGAAGACACGAUUUAUGAAAACAUGACCCGUAGCUUGGUUGUUUAAAGACAGAAAAUGAACAGUUGCACUUUGUCCAAAAUCGAAUACUUCACUGCUAUACAGUAUGCGAAAAAGUAGAAUACAUACUGAAUACAUACUAUUUAAAUAACAGUAGGCGAAAUGUACCCGGGAUGACCUACUACUUCUGAACUUU